AUGGGCAAGCCGAGCAUUUUAGAUGGCCAAUGUAGUGACUAUAAUAGAAGUUAUCUAUCAAACUUUUCCAUGUAUAUUGAAAAGAGUAAAUUGUACUUAGAGAUGGAUAUUAUAACUCCACUGCAAUCGGGUGUUAAAAUGGAUAUCGAGUUUAUGCUCCGCUGUCAAACAGCCAUGGGUUGUCAGAGGGUCUUUCAAUAUUCUCUGGAUAUGUGCAGUUUGUUGAGUGCCCAAAAGAAUAAUAUUUUCAAGAAAUGGUUCUCCACAUUCUUCAAGUAUGGCAAUUUCAAUCGUUUUUGCCCAGUGUUGCCCAAGCAUUAUUAUUUAAAAGGUUAUUCCAUAGAUGAUGUGUUUAUACCAACAUUUUUCUAUGAUGGCCUAUAUCGUUUAUCGUUUCGUAUGAUCCAGCAUAAGGAUCAUGGCAAAAGAAGAGAUUUUAUCAUAGCAUGUACCGCAGAUUUUUUUGGGACUCAUUAUAAAGUUAUCGUUGCGCUGAAAAUGUUGAAAUAUUUAAUAAUUCUUUCUCUACUCGUGGUCUAUACGCAAGCGACAGGCGAAUGUAAUUUUUCUCGCAAAUAUUUUAACAACUUCACAUUAACCAUUAAAAAUAAUACGGUCUCAAUGGAUAUGAUAACGAUUAGGCCAUUUACACGAGGGUUUAGGGCUCUGAUUGACUUUCAAAUCAGUUUGGGCAAUUCCAAGAACUAUCAACGCGUUUUUGCCCAUAUUCUUGAUGUUUGCAGUAUUGUCUCUUCGGUUAGAAGUAAUAUAUUCAAAAGUUGGUUCGAAAGUAUGUUGCAACAUGGCAAUUUCAUGUACAAUUGUCCAGUGACUGGAGGUCAUUAUUUUCUACACAAUUGGAAAUUGGAUUCACGCCUUGUGCCGCACUAUAUGUACGCUGGGGAUUAUCGUGUCAAAGCGCAUUUCUUCUAUGGCAAACAUAAAACUAAACAAGAGGAUUUUGUGCUUGAUAUUAUUGUCUAUGCACAAUUAAAGCCUAGUUAA